AUGUAUUCAGAUGGCAUUUUCUCUAACCUCUUUAUAUCUGUAUUUACACUUUACAGAGUGAUGAUAAAUAGUUUCCUUCCCAUCCCUCUCACCACUUUACCCUCAUACUCUCUCUCUCCCUCGCUUCCUCUCUCUCUUCAUUUAAUAUUCAGGUAUUUCCUCUCUGUUAAUAUCACGUUGCUUGCCCUCCCUUCUUUGUCUUUCUCACUUUGUCAUGUGUUUUUAACAGUUUCCCCAUAUCAAUAUCUUUACUCCCUGUGCCCCUGUCUUUCUCUUUCUUUGUCUGCAUGCCAGUCUCUCUCUCUCUCUCUCUACUUACCUAUGUACCAAUCUCUCUUUCUACCUGCGUGCCAGUCUCUCUAUCUCUCUUCAUUUACUCUUUCUCUAGCGGUCCCUCUCUCUUUGCAUGUGUACUCCCUCUCUCUGUCUCUACCUGCAUAUCUGUCUCCCUCUACCAACCUCUCCCUUGGCCUACUCACCUGCUCGCUCUCUAGCUGUGUGUGCGAAUCUCUUUCUCAGUGCUUGUGUGUGUGUGUCUUACUCCCUCUUUACCUAACCCUCUCUCUCUUUGCCUGUCACUCUCCCCCUCUCUAUCUGUCCGUGUCUCUUUCUCUCUCUGUUUAUGCACAACUCUCUUCAUAUUCUCUCUUCCUGUUUGUUGCUCUACGUCUUUCUCUGUCUUUGUUCCACCUCUAUGAAUCACUUAGUCUCUUUCUUUCUCUCUAUAUCUCUAUGAAUCACUUAUCUCUUUCUCUCUCUCUAUAUCCCUAUGAAUCACUUAGUCUCUUUCUCUCUCUCUAUAUCCCUAUGAAUCACUUAUCUCUUUCUCUCUCUCUAUAUCCCUAUGAAUCACUUAGUCUCUUUCUUUCUCUCUAUAUCCCUAUGAAUCACUUAGUCUCUUUCUCUCUCUCUAUAUCCCUUAUUAAUCUCUCUCUCUCUCUCUCUCUCUCUCUCUCUUUACCUAUUUUCUUCCACUCUUUUACAGCAUUGUCCUUGUCAGUCUCAACCCAAUUAUUUAUUUUCUAA